CGCUCGACUCCUGUGUGCGUUUACAGUGUGGGCGUGGCCUAGCCUGGGUUUAGGCCGAUUGCACGAGCCGGACGCCGGCGCCAUGGAGGAGUACGCUCGGGAGCCCUGCCCAUGGCGAAUUGUCGAUGAUUGCGGUGGAGCCUUCACUAUGGGUGUCAUCGGUGGUGGAGUCUUCCAGGCCAUCAAGGGCUUCAGAAAUGCCCCUGUCGGAAUUCGGCACCGAUUGAGAGGUAGUGUCAACGCUAUGAGGAUCCGAGCCCCCCAAAUUGGAGGUAGCUUUGCAGUGUGGGGGGGCCUGUUCUCCACCAUCGACUGCGGCCUGGUGCGGCUGCGGGGCAAGGAAGAUCCUUGGAACUCUAUCACCAGUGGAGCGUUGACCGGGGCUGUGCUGGCUGCCCGCAGUGGCCCAUUGGCUAUGGUGGGCUCAGCAAUGAUGGGGGGCAUCCUGUUGGCCCUUAUUGAGGGUGUUGGUAUCCUCCUCACUCGCUACACUGCCCAGCAAUUCCGUAAUGCACCCCCGUUCCUGGAGGACCCCAGCCAGCUGCCCCCUAAGGAGGGUACCCAAGAUCCAGGCUAUCCCAGCUAUCAGCAGUACCACUGAGGAAGUGACCGCCUAUCACCGCCACCAUGGGAGCGCCUCCUUGGUUCCCUCCCCGAUGAUCUACCUCGAAGGGAGGGCUGGCUCCCAGUUGGCCCUGGGACCCUCCAGAGAGGGACCCUAUUCUCUCUCUGCAUCCUUGUCCCAGGGUGGGCAUGGGGCACCCCAGCUGCCCUGAUGGAUGGGUCCCCUUCUCUCAGGGCACCCCAGCCCCACAUUCACAUGUAACAAGCUCUCACCCCAGCCCCUUCCUUUGGCGCCCUGAUGAGUAUUUAAAGCCAGUUUUGAAAUGCC